AUGGGUAUUGACACAGUGUACGAAAGGGAACAGCAGAAAUAUGGCUACACGCACCUUUCUGCUGGUGACCUCCUUCGAGAUGAACGAAAAAGGCCAGGCUCACAGUAUGGAGAACUCAUUGAGAACUACAUUAAGGAGGGGGAAAUUGUACCGGUUGAAAUAACAAUCAGCUUGCUGAAGAGGGCUAUGGAUCAAACAAUGGCUGCCAAUUCCCAGAAGAACAAGUUCUUGAUUGAUGGAUUUCCCAGGAAUGAAGAUAAUCUUCAGGGCUGGAAUAAGACUAUGGAUGGAAAGGCAGAUGUUUCUUUUGUUCUCUUUUUUGAUUGUGACAAUGAGAUAUGUAUUGGGCGCUGUCUUGAAAGAGGCAAGAGCAGUGGUAGGAGUGAUGAUAAUCGGGAGAGUCUGGAAAAGAGAAUUCAUACAUAUCUGCAGUCUACUAAGCCUAUAAUAGAUUUAUAUGAGAGAAUGGGAAAAGUCAGAAAAGUGGAUGCCUCUAAAUCUGUUGAUGAAGUUUUUGAAAAAGUUGUACAAAUUUUCGACAAAGAAGGCUAAUUCCCAGCUUGAGAAUUCAUUUAAACUUGUGCGUGAAUCUUGCUUGAAUAGCUGCUACUGCAGUCCACUCUUCGUAAUUGUUUUAAAAGAUUUUUUUAUUGUUUUUCACAUAUCUAAUGAUGAUUGGAAAAGCAGUUAAUUACAAUGGAUCUGUUUUUUAAAUAGGAAAUAAUUUCUUGUGGCUAUAGUAUACAAAUUUCAGGGUUCUCCAUUAGUACAAGUUCAGUUACUCAUGGCAAAACCACAGUUAAAACAUCUCUCUGAAGCGACUAUUCUGUCACAGUUCUGUGCCUAUCAUGGGCAGCCCUUCUUAUUCCUUAUUGCCAUACGUGGUUUUUUUUGUUUUUUGUUUUUUUUUUUAAGGAUCAACUAAACAGCAGCAUUAAGCAAUGAGGGACCUGUGUGUCCUUGUUUGUUUUUCGGAUGCUUGGACCAAAUUUAGCAGAUAUUUUUUCAGAGUAUAAUUUUGUCAUGAUGUUCCCUGUUAUCACCAAACCUGAAUUCUGUAA